GGGACAAGUGGUCCCAGCAGCGAGUGACAGCCAGUGUCCAUGGCCGGGGACAGCGGGAUGGCCGGGAAGGUGGCGCUGCUGCUGUGGGCCCAGACCCUCGGCCUCGCUGGUGCCCAGACCCCCCAGCUCCUGGUGGAGCCCCCCUGGACGCCGGCGGUGCUGUGGGACCGGGUGACACUGACCUGCCAGGGCUCGGGGACCGCCGGUGCCACCACCUGGUACAAGGACGGGCGAGCCUGGGGACAGGAGGGACCCGACAUCUUCACUGUCACCAGGAGUGGCACCUACCAGUGUCAGAGACCCGGGACCGGGCUCAGCCCCCCCGUGACAGUCUCAGAUGACUGGCUGGUGCUGCAGGUGCCGGCGCGGGCGCUGCUGGAGGGGGACACGGUGACACUGCGCUGCCGGGUCUGGCAGAACAAUCCGGUCACCUCGGUGUCCUUCUACCGCGACGGGAAGGAAUUGGGGACGCUUCAGAAUGGGACCGAGCUGUCCUUGUCCCCUCUGCAGCGGAACCACAGCGGCCACUACCACUGCAGGGGCUGGCUGGGUUUCUUGGGGCGGUGGGAGCAGUCGGAGCCGGUGGCAGUGACAGUGCAGGAGCUCUUCCCGGUGCCGGUGCUGGAGGGUCCCCCCGAGCUCCCCGAGGGGUCCCCCCUCAAUCUCAGCUGCCUCAGCACCCCCAGCCCCACGGGACCCCCCUGGGGACAUCCGUGUCCCCCAGAAAUCUUUCUCGUGUCUGCCCUGUGUCCCCUCACCCCUCCAUGGGGUGACCCCAUCCCCGACAUUUCCCCAUCAAACCCAUCCCUCCCGUGCCCCCCUCCCCCCACAGCGGGUGCCAGCCCCUCCCCCCGGCCUCAGCCCUGUCUGUGUCCCCGCAGUGCCCGUGGCCAAUGCCACCAUCACCCCCGGUCCCCCGGCACUCCAGGUGACACCACUGCUGGAGGUGACACCACAGGGAACCACUGGACACCUCUGGAACACAGUGCUUGCAGGCGUCUUUGGGUCCCUGCUGUUCCUGGUCCUUCUCAUUGUGGCCGUUUGCUGUGGUCACCGCAUGUCUGCCAGGAAGCUCCAGGGAAGGGCCCCCCCGCUGGAGGAUCCUCAGGCCACCUACAUGGAGCUGCGGGGGCCACAGGGGCAACCUUGGGAACCCAGUGACAUCUAUGGCAAUCUACAGCAAAACCUCCAGGAAGCCCCAGGACAGGACCCCCCGCAGGAGGGGGCUGGGCUGGACCCCCACGUCGUGGGCACCGAGCGGGCAGGGG